GCCUUGCACAUACUCUUCCACAAUGCGCCAGCUAGGAGAGAGGAUUUCACGGCUCUAACCAAAUGCACAAAAUUUCCACUUCCAUUCUGUGGACACAGGUGGCUCGAAAAUCUACCAGUCGUGGAGAGAGCUUUGGAGGUUUGGCCAUCAGUGACCAUGUACAUGGAUGCAGUCAGAAAAAAGAAGAUACCAAAUCCAGGAACGGCAUCUUAUGACACUCUUGAAGUUGCUGAAAAAGAUCAUCUUAUCCUGGCAAAGCUACAUUUCUAUAUGGCUAUCACAAGGACUUUCAGUCCUUUUCUUACCUUCUAUCAAACAGAUGUGCCUGUGAUUCCGUUCCUUGCCAAAGACUUGGCUGAGCUGUUGAAGAGUAUGCUGAGGCGUUUUGUCAAGAAAGAAGUACUCAAGGAUAUUAGUCCACUUCAGCUGGUCAGAUUGGAUGUCUGUGACAAUCAGAGCUGGGUCAACCCAAAGGAAGUUAACAUAGGCUUGGGUGCAGAAUCUCUUCUUAAGGAACUACAGAAACAGAAAAAGAUAGGGGAACUCACAGUUCUGGAGUUUAGGAAAGAUUGUCUUAAAAUGAUGUCUACCAUCAUCCAGAAAGUACAGGAAAAGAGCCCAUUAAAGUAUCCUGUAGUGAGGCAGGUGGCCUGUUUGGAUCCCAGCAUGAUGUUAUCUGACCCUGACUGGUGCAAGAGCAACAUGACAAAACUGGUGCAGAAGUUUUUGCAAGCCCAACAGUUGUCAGGAGGUGUCUCUGCUGGUGAUGUGAUAAUCCAGCAGUUUAGUAACAUGUUAUCUGCUGAAAAUGAGACCCUUGUCUCAUACAGAUCCACAGAGACCAGGCUAGAUACGUUCUUGCAUGGUGUACUUGCCGAGCGCUAUGAUGAGUUGUGGGGCUUUUGCAAGAAACUGCUUCUCCUGUCCCAUGGGCAGGCUACAGUGGAGAGGGGAUUCUCCAUUAACAAAGAAGUGGAGACCUGCAAUAUGCAGGAGGAGACAAUGGUCACACAUCGACUGGUAUGCGAUUAUGUCAACAUCUGUGGAGGGCUCCUCAAUGUGCCUAUUUCUAAAGAGUUACUGGCCUCAGCUGCAUCUGCCAGGUCUAGAUAUAGAAUGCACCUGGAUCAGCAGAAGGCUAAGAAAAUUACAGAUGUCCAGGCACAGAAACGGAAAUCUUUAGAAGAAAACAUUGAGCACCUGAAAAAGAAAAAAAAAAUUCUGGUCCAGGUAUCUAUGAGCCUGCAGAGGGAUGCGGAUCAGCUUGCAGAAGAAGCUGAAGGAAAAGCUGGCACCUUGAUGGCACAGCUCAUUACAAAAUCGAACACACUGAGGAAGAGGUAUAAAGAAAAAACAAGUGAAUUACAGCAAAUUGAGACCGAGUUGGAGGCAAAGGGCAAAGAACUGAGAUCAAUACAGUAAAAAACAAAUGUUCAGGUUAAUGGCAUGCAGUGUACUUACUGCUGUGCAGUGUUUGUUUGAAAUCUUCAUAAGCCCAUGGCUGUCAAUAUUAUUCCUAAUGAUUAGUCAGUGCAAAGAAUAUUUUGCAAUUUUGUUUCACUCUUUCUGUAAAUCAAUAAAGAGUUUAAUUGGUUGUGUUGUGUGGUGUUUGCAAAUUUGUUACUACAAAAUUGGUCUUAAAUUUCAUUCUGUACGGUAUUAAAAAGGUCUUAAAAAGUCUUAAAUCUAUCUCGUAGAAACCUGCAG